AGCCGGAAGCAGCCGACGAUCGCCGCGCGCUCCGGCGAGACCCCGGUACCUCCGCGCUGCGUCGUAUCGCGCGGGUAACUGCUCCCGAGUGAUUCCCAACGCCGUGGUCUCCUGCGUCUCCGCCGAUAGCCUGGUGAGUCGUGAGGAGUGAGGGCUGAGAGUUCACCGGUUCAGGGUGUGCGCUACUUCCAGGCGUAGGAUUGGAUCUGAAGCUCGCGGGAUUUCGGAGAACCCUGAGCGCCGCGGAAAGGCCUUCUUGGGGGAAUGGGGAGGCUGGUCGUCGCCGCGGCAGUGGCCGCGUGGGCGAUCCCGAUCGUGGCUUUGGUCGACUCCAUCGUGCCAAAGCCCUACAUGGUGAGUUCCUUCUCUCCCUUGGAUACGCUUGUCGAGUGUGUUCUUAGGGAAGGCUAUUUGAUCUGGUUUCGGUGCCUUGCAUUGGAAGUGGAGAUAAUCAAAUGAGGUGCUUUUGAAUUAACCCGAUGAUUGGGUAUGUACUGUGUGAUGACGGAAAAUAGCUUUGCCCAGCGAUUGGACAGUCCACCUAUUUUCAUUAACAACACGGCGGUGCGUAGGUACUGGUUUAUCUGAAAACACAUUCAUUCUGAAGUUGCAGAAACACUUCUGUGUUUGAUGUGUUCAUACAGGUAAAAAAUAGGUUUAGCAUUUGUGCAAAUGCUAGAAGUAUUGUUUCCAUGCAGAAACACGAGUAUAUUUAGUUCAUCAUAAGUCAUAGCUUUCUAGAAAUUGGAAUUCUCUAGAUUUAAUAAAUCAAGCAAGCAGUCGGACUUUUUAGAUCUAUACAUUGGUAAGGAUUUAUUUGGGAUUUGUACUUUUGGGGAACCUGGUUAUACAUUCAUUUUCGACAAUGUAGAAAGGAACAAAUGCUUUCGAGUGAAGCAUGAAAAACAUUCAGUGACACGCUAACCAAUGCCUUGUGGUAGGAUGAGAUCUUCCAUGUUCCCCAGGCACAGCAGUAUUGUCAUGGAGAUUUCUUGACCUGGGAUCCCAUGAUCACCACCCCUCCUGGCCUUAUAUGUUGCGUCUUUGUUUCCUGUUGCCUGGAUGAUUGGGGUAGCAGAAACAUUCGAUGCUCUCUGCUCCACAGCAGUUCUCCGAUCAACUAAUGUUAUCAUGGCAAUGAUCUGCGCUGUUCUUUUUCAUGACCUGCUUUUGUGUAUCCGGCCAGGAAUUGGCAAGAGGAAGGCAACUAUCUAUGCUAUUCUUGUAGCAUUAUAUCCUGUUCACUGGUUCUUCACCUUUGUUUAUUACACUGAUGUUGCUUCAUUAGCCGCAGUUCUUGCAAUGUACCUGUCCUGCUUGAAGAAACGGUUUUGGGUCGGUGCAAUGUUUGGUGCCUUUUCAAUACUUUUUCGUCAGACAAAUGUAAUAUGGAUGAUAUUUUUUGCUGCCAAUGGAGCCAUCUCAUUCGUACAAGAUCUUUACCUUAAAGACAAUGUUUCUCGUGAGAACAGUGAACCAACUCAUAAGUCAAAUAAGGUAGCGUCUGGUAGGGAUAACAAAAUCAAUGCUCAGGGUUUGAGAAGACGGAGAAUUAAUAGUCCCAUAAGUAUUGUGGGUGUUGUUCCUGAAACUACUAAGCUGUAUAACAGUUUUGCGGAGGAAGUAUGGGACAUCAGCUUGAAGUUAUGGAAUUCAAAGUGUAAAGUUUUGGUCACAUUUACACCAUUUGCAGUUGUUAUGGUGGCAUUUAUAGCAUUCAUAAUCUGGAAUGGUGGUAUAGUACUAGGUGCUAAGGAAGCUCAUCUUGUUUCACCACACUUUGCACAGUUUCUGUACUUUGGUCUAGUGUCAGCCGCUGCCCUCCUACCAUGGCAUUUCACUCCCAGCCUAGUGUUGGACCUAUUCCGCUGGUCUGGAAAGAAUAAAACCUGUAGUUCUCUGGCAGUGUUGACGACUCUUGGUUUAAGCUUCAUUGCUGUACAUUUCUUCAGCGUUGCUCAUCCAUAUCUUCUUGCUGACAAUAGACACUAUACCUUCUAUAUUUGGAGGAAGGUUAUCCAAGUUAACUGGAUGAUGAAAUACAUUUUGAUUCCACUUUAUGUGUACUCAUGGUUCUCAAUUAUCAACAUCUUAGGGAAAUCACAGACAAGGGUGUGGGUGCUAUCGUUUGUUCUCUCAGUUGCGCUAGUUCUCGUACCUGCCCCGUUGGUUGAAUUCAGAUACUACACAAUUCCAUUUGUCAUACUGGUUCUUAAUUCUCCAGUAAUCGGCAACGGCAAAUUGCUUGCUCUGGGGUCACUUUAUGCGGCUGCUGACUUGUUUACUCUGGUGAUGUUUCUGUUCCGACCAUUCCAUUGGGAGCAUGAGCCUGGAACACAAAGGUUUAUGUGGUAGUUUAGGAUAAAGCACCCGAACAGAGCAAGCUUCAGUUUAUCGUAGUCUUGAACAUGAACUUCUAACAGGACCACUAAGCAUACUUGUGUCCGGCUUAUUUAGGUCACUGAGUAGAUUCAUCGAGAAAAAUCAAAACAAUACUUAUGAAUGCUGUAAUUUCCUUUUUCAUGUCAGCUUUUUAUGUACAGUAGAGGUUUUGAUGAGCCAUUACACAAGCCAAACAUGAGCAUCUGAGCACACUGUUUGAUUACAUGACUUUUGAGGGCAACAACUAUCUAUGUGGAUCGGUAUCGAACUGGAGGCACACCAUAGGCAGGUGAUGCCUCAAGAAGAAAUACUGACAGUUUAGAUGUGGUUGACCUCUUUUGGUCAUUUGCAGCUGCAGUGUUUGGCUAUAGCCCUUGCUGAUUGAAGGUAGAAGCUUUACAGAUGGAUAGGUUUCAGCUAUUUACUGGUUGAGAGGUUUUUCCCUACUGAGCUAAUAUUCUUCUAUUGUAUCCUGCUGUAAUUGAUGGGAAUGUUUGUAUUGUUAACAGAUUUGGAACCCUUGUUAUGGUUUUAAUAUUUGCCUUUAAAUUUAGGUUUUUAUUGCU